AACCAAAACAGAUCUUUAUUGAAUUUUUAUUUGAAAAUCUUUGAAACAAUGGCUGAAUCGUUGGGAAUAGCAGCUGACUGCCACUUCACCAUCCACAACCUUCCCUACGGCAUAUUUUCAACGCAGUGUAAUAGCAAACACAGGAUUGGUGUGGCAAUCGGUGAAUAUGUAUUGGACGUAGGACUUGUGAAGCAUUUGUUUGAUGGCCCAACCAUCCGCAAAAACAUCCAUGUUUUUGAUAAGGAAGUUUUGAACGACUUCAUGAGUUUGGGCAAACAAUCGUGGAAAGAAACAAGGGAUAAGUUGACUGAGUUGUUGUCAUCUGACAGUUCGGCACUCCUAUCAAACAGAGAUCUCAGAGAGAAAGCUCUCAUCCUACAAAAAGAUGUCACCAUGCACCUCCCCGCAAACAUUGGUAGUGAUUACACUGACUUCUACUCCUCGAUAUACCACGCCACGAACGUCGGAAUCAUGUUCAGAGGAGCUGACAACGCACUAAUGCCUAAUUGGAAGCAUCUUCCCGUUGGUUACCAUGGCAGGGCGUCCUCAGUUGUGGUCUCAGGCACUCCCGUCAGAAGACCCAACGGUCAAAUGUGUCCAGAUGAGAGCAAACCACCUGUAUACGGCCCAUGUAGAACCCUGGAUAUCGAACUCGAGGUCGCCUUCUUCACAGGACCUGGGAACACGUUGGGCCAGCCAAUCAGUGUUCACGAGGCACAGGAUCAUAUUUUUGGAUUUGUACUUAUGAACGACUGGAGCGCAAGAGACGUUCAAAAAUGGGAGUACAUACCUCUCGGUCCAUUUCUGGGUAAAAACUUUUCCACCACCAUCUCCGCGUGGGUCGUUCCAACCGAUGCACUGCUACCCUUCAUCGUCGACAACAUGUUUCAGGACCCAGAGCCUCUGCCAUAUCUCAAGCAUCUCGAUAACUUCAACUUCGACAUCAAUUUAGAAGUAUCCCUGAAAACUGAUGAAAUACGGGAACACGUCACCAUUAGUAAAAGUAACUACAAGUAUAUGUACUGGACAGCAAAACAGCAACUCUCUCAUCACACCGUCAACGGCUGCAACAUAAGGCCUGGGGAUCUGCUGGCAUCAGGGACAAUCAGUGGACAGACUCCUGACUCAUAUGGAAGCUUGCUAGAGUUAUGUUGGAAGGGUACAAAGCCGAUCCAUUUGUCUGAUACAGUUACCAGAACGUUUUUGAAGGAUGGAGAUGAAGUUAGAUUAACAGGCUGGUGUGAAAGAGACGGAAAAAGAAUAGGAUUUGGCGAAUGUAGCGGAAAAAUUUUGCCGGCAAUCUGAUACCUCCAUGCUUUAUUUUGCUAAGAUUGUUUGCUAACUAUUCUUUAAUUUGUUGGUAAAGUUUCAUAUAUUUUAUGCUCAUGUACGUUUCAAUUCACCGAGCUCCUGCGUCUUUUGCCAAGUUUAUACCUUGGUAAAUUGUAGGUAGGUAAGGCAAUCUACUAUCAUUUUCAUCUGAUACUUUUCUUCACGUUGAUACUCUUACUGUUUAUGUUUUGUGUUUUUUUUCCAUUUAGAUAGAUUUUCAGUAUUAUUGGUUAUCUCUCAUUGUUAUUUCUUUUACCAAGUUGUUGAAACUUAUCAUGUUCAUACCCGGAAGUUUUUCGCAUUUUUCUUUUGCUAUUCGUCUUGUGGUUUUGUAAACUUUAACGCAUUGCUAUACAUGGCUAAUUUGAUUUACAUUUUUAUAUAAAAAAUUUAAAAAUAAAUGUGAAUAUAUUGGCGUCGAACACAUGAAUUUUAUUUAUUUGAAAUUAAACGAAUCAUAUAAAACCCAAUAAAUCACAUCAGAAGCAGAUCUAUGAAUUUUACUUCAAAAUGAUGAGUUCUUAUACUAAUAAGAUAAUUAUUUUAAAUUACAAAUAAAUAAUUUAUCAUUAAAAUCAAAGGAAUUUAAUUCAUAAAUAAAAAUAGAAAAAUAAGAGACGUUUGAAAAUAAUUAAAAAAAUAUAACUUGAAAAAUGUUUGAAUGAAAUGGCUGCCUUAUAAGGCAGGGUAUAUAUUUUAAAUUCAAAAGUUACGUGCUUCAUAAGCUUAAAAAUGAAUAUCUAGUUAUUUUUUUACGUCAUCUAGCUCAUGAAUAUUCAUCAGUAUUUCGGAUGUUCAAUGUCAUUUCUGGUACAAUUUCCACAAUUACAUUUUCAAAUAUUUUCCGUAACUGUGAAAUAACUUUAUCUAAUGAGAGUAAAAAAAACCAUUAUUUAAUUUUUAUUAUAACUACUGAUGUAUUUUUUAAAACUCCCUUAAAACGUAAAUACGCAAAAUAGGGUUAAGUUAGACACGAAAACUGAUUGGGAGAGAACGAACAGUUGAAGCAAAGGCAAUGCAACGCUGUUACAUUCUUUGUCAUAAACAAACACCAAAACAACAGCAGAUGCACUCAAACUCACCUCACAAACUAAGUAACUAACAAGAAGAACAAUAUCAAUUGCGUAUUCACCAACAAUUUGAUCAAUAAUGACCCAUUAUAAUAUUUUCAAAUUCGUAAUAAUUUAACAUUCAACAUUUUUGUUGUUUCUUAACAAAAGACAGGCAAAUGCAACAAAAUAAACUAAUUAGGAACAAUCACAUUUUUCGUAGGACGAUAUUCAAAGU